AAAAAUUUGACAACUAUUUGCAUAUUAGUGUCAAAAAAUUUUACAUAUUUCGUUGUUGGGAACGUGUGGACAGAGGUCUGUGGCAAUUUAAGCAAAAAAAAUUUUUUUUAGUCUUAAAGUGAAGCUAACAUAACGUUAACAAGAUGCGUCUUACCUCUUACUUGAAUGGUCAACAUUUCGGCAACCUUGCCAAGAUUCACAAUAUUGUGACCUACAAGAUUUCUCCCUUCGAACAGAGAGCCUUUGCCGGCGCUAUUAAAAAUGGUGUACCAAACAUGUUCCGCCGUUUCCGUUCCAAUGUUUUCAUUGUUACACCACCUUUCAUUGUUGGUUAUUUGAUUUUCAAUUUGGUUGAGGCUCAACAUCAUCACUUGACACGCAAGAACCCUGCCGAGUUCGCAAAUGAUGAAUAAAUUUUUAUUAAAUGUUAUAAAAAACCACUUAUAAAAGAAUAGUGAUAAAUUAAUAAACUAUAAUUUAAAUAACAUAA